AGGGAGAACUGUGUGAGGCUGCUCAUGGGGGAGAGAUGAGGUGGCUGUCCAGAUACUUCAGGUUGGUGCAUCGGCAGUAUUUUCUGAGCCAUAGUUACUGGAUUUUCCUGCUGGCGCAGGGGGAUCUGUGAGCUGCAGCUUCCUGGCAGGAUUCUGGGAACAGCACCAAAACCGCGGAGAGGCAGCAAGCAGGUUUUGUGCUCUGAGUCAGAAGCAGGCUGAGAAGAUGCAGCCCUCAAAGCACGAACCCAAGAUGGGGAAGGGAAUCUGUGCGAGGGGGAUAUUUCCAGUGUGAAGUUCAGAGCUUGGGGGACCCUCUGCUGCCAGCACUUUUGGUGAGUCUGCGGGUCAGCUGCUAGUUUUGGUGCAAUCAUGGGAGAAGGGAGAUUGCUGCCUUUCACCACCGCUACCCCGAGCCAGCUCAUCCUUCUAGCUAUUUCUGUCUAUGCUUAUCUAUAGCAUCAUCCCCCUUGUGCCUGUGUACCUGCCAAGCAUUCAAAACAGGCACUGCUGUGGCAGCCUCCUUUCUCUCCAGCCUGGAGGAUAAAUGACUGGAUGGCUUUUUUUUAAUUGUUUCUCUGCAUCAAGAAUUUACAGUGGGAAAGCUAAGCUGGAGAAAUGCUUUCAGGAGUGGGUGGCCAGCCUGGCAGAUCCCUGCUUGUUCUUAGCCCCUAGGGAGGUCCUGUAGCCUGGCCCUAGCCGGGUUCACUCACUGCCCUGAACAUUGGUGCUCCCUUUGAAAGCAAUGGUUUCCUGGAGUGAGAUGUGGUCUUGGGUAAAAACAGACAAAAUUUGGAUACGAGAGAGAAGACCUGGAUCUGACUUGCCUGCAAGGGGAUCCAGAACAGAAAGCUGAGUGCUUGGGUUGACUCGAUUAACUGGCUGUCAAUUCAGAAGGAACUUGGCAGAUCUAUUUUGCAUUCGCCAAACCUCUUUACUGCACGUCAUAAAGAUUUCCUAGGUCCAGAAGCUGCACAAAAGACAACUGAGCAGCACAAAAAUGUGACUCUGACAAGAGACUUCAAGCCUUCUGACAAUGAAUUUUCUACCGAUCAGUUUCUAGUUUAAAUACAUAACUGAAGCAUGCAUAGUAGUUAACCUGAUAGAGAAAAAAGAACUUUCUUAUUAAUUAGGACUGCCAAAAACCAGCAAUCACCUGAAGCUUCAAAAUGAGUGGUCCAUUAAUUCCAAACAAGUCAUGUUAUGCCCAGCUUCAGGACAACCACAGCGAAAUAAGAAAUAAUAAUGAAAGCUUAGUGAGUGUGGGGGAUACUAAUGCCAACCAAAUUGUAUCGAAAGUUAGAAUUAUUGAUGAGGAUGUUAAGAAACAUGAUUUGACAGAUGAAAGUGGGAAUAUAUAUUCUGGAGGAACAGCGAAAGUUACUCAUCUGCAUGCAGAGCAGAAUAAACUUCUAACCUUCAAAGACUCAUGGACCUGUCACACCAGUGUACAGGAAAGUAAGCUGCCCUCCACCGCAAGCAAGGAAAUGGGAAAAGACUGUAGGACCAGCGAAGUUAAGGAUAUAUCAAGGCAUAUCAGGAUUAGCCGAGGACAAAGUCUGUCCAAUUUAAAAAGUAGCACAAAUGAUGCCAACCUGGAGGUUAUUUCCAAAGGUGAUGUUGACUUCCCCCAGAACUUUUCUAAGGGAAAAAUGCCCAGGACUGUGGAGAUGGAGAGAAUAAAAAGGCUCUCCUUGGGAAGACCAAGUAAAUUCUCUCCUCAGCCUGAAACAUUUACAAAAGAUUGCACUGGCCGUGUGUCAUGUAAACGUCUGCUUUCUGCAUCAUUGGACUCCAUCGACACAUCUCACCAUUUGAUAGGAAAUACAGAGAAAUCACAGAAAACAUCCACGGAUCAUUUUCUUGGGAUGAUGUUUCAUCCACUUGACAAUACCUCAGAGAAAAAUACUGUAUUUUAUUCCAAAUCAUCUACCUCAGGGAACAAGAAAAUAAAUAAACUAGAAAAUGUACCAAAUGUUAACAUUGAAAGCACACUGCAUACUUCUCAUUCUCAACAUUCAGCUGUUAAGCUCAAUGAGUUUGUUUGUAAAUCAGAAGCACAAUUAGGUCAGGGUGAUAAAAGUAAAAAACUGGAGCUUAAAACUGCACCAUCUUUACAAUAUAAAAAUACAUGUCCACAAAAGAUAGAGAAAAUUAUGCUGGUAGAGUUCCUGAGGUGUCAAAGAGAUGAAAAUACUGCAGGGCAGGAACUGAAAAGCUCUGAGUCUGACACAUCAAAAUUUCAAGCAUCCCAUUUUGAAGACACCCAUAAUAAAGUAGAGGACCCAUUGUCAAGCCAGGUGGUAACUUAUCCUGAUGACAAAUUGCAAAGUGGUAAUGUCACUAUCAGUGGGAAAGGGAGAGGAAGCAAUGACAGUGACAACAGGGCAAUUAGCCAGGUUGGUGAGGAAUAUUUUACUGAUGGAGAAGUGGAAACAAUAUUUCCACUCACCUGUGGUAGUAAAUCCAGCGUCAAAGUGACACCUAGAAAAAAUGAAAAUUUGCAUGAAGCUGACGCAGGUUGCGCUGAAACAGUUGGUGAACAAAUGUCUCUUAUACAUAAUAUUAAUCCACCUGACAGCAAAGCCUUGAAAGUUAAUGAGAAUAAACUGAUGCUAGUCAAAGAAAGUACUGAGGAUGCUGUUGUGCCUGCUUCUGAUCUCUCUGAUCAUCACGGAGCGUGCAGUGCAGAGACAGUGUCAAACCAACAACCUGACAGCCACAACAGUGAUGUGGAAACCUCAAGUGCUUCAGUUUCAAGUAAAAAAGCAGCUAAUGCACAGAAACAUCCUCCAGAGGAAGUACCCGAGAGCUGUAAUGCUUCAACAAAGGCUGAUGUCUUUUUAUGUGUCCCAACUCCCGUGCGCCCAGUGGCAGCUCUGGAUGUUAAUGGUCAGCCCACGCUAUCAAACAGUAAUUUGAAGGACCUUUAUGCCCUUCAUGAUGACAAACUGUCAGUCCUACCUCCCAUUGACAGCACACAGUUGUUAAAUAUAUCCCCUAAAGUGCCUAUCAAGACUGCUUGCAGCAGCGCCAUCCCAAAACCUAUCCUAGUCCACCCCAAGGGCUCGCCCACAGAUAAGGUGGGUGCAGACAGUGACUGCAGUGAAAAGCUGGAAGAAAAUGUCGAGAUGAAACCUGCCAUACCCCGGCCCAAACCCGUGAGACCUAAAAUCAUCACAUACAUUAGGAGAAACCCUCGUUCGAUAGAGCAGCUUGACCCCUUGUUUGCACCGGCAGGGCUGCCCUUCAGUAGCCCAGCAUCCAGCAUGCCCAUCUCGACAGAACAGAAGGCAUCCAACGGAGGGGAGGCAAAGCCCACCAGCAUCCUGUAUGACAAAUUUAAACCUGAUCUCCAGAAGCCAAGACUCUUUGGUUCUGGACUAGUGGUGUCAGGAAUUAGGCCCCCGGGUCAUCACUUUGGUCCAAUGAGUGAGAAGUUUCUGCAGGAGGUUGGGGAAAGGCCUGCGAAAGAUGAGUUUUGCCCUCCACAAUAUACUCACUAUGAGGUCCCACCAAGUUUUUAUCGAUCUGCCAUGAUACUCAAGCCACAGUUAGGACUGGGUGCAGUGUCCAGGUUACCAUCUGCAAAGAGCAGGAUUCUCAUUGCGAGUCAAAGAUCCUCAGGUAGCUGUCUCCAUCAGCAAGGAGAAAUAACAAAUGCUCCCAACCUCUAUCAUCCUGAUGCUUCAGUCGAUCUUAAGAAACCAUCAUGUCCAAGUGCUGCAAAAUCAAAUCUUCCCAAGCCCUGCCAGUCUGGACUUCGUCCUCCAGGUUAUUCACGGUUGCCAGCAGCAAAGCUGGCUGCAUUUGGUUUUGUUAGGAGCUCAAGCGUAUCCUCUGUCUCCAGCAACCAGUCAAACGACAGUGCUCAGAGUGAUCAAAGCAGGACAACUAACCGUUCUAGCUUUGGAAAUGAAGAGCAAGCCACCCCUAAGGCAUCUGCACCUUCUAAAGAUGUUCCCAAGGGCAGCAGCAAGAGCACAACACAGGUAUCAAGCGGCACAGCGACUCCACGCAGGACCUUACUUCUAGCACCAAAAACUGCCACAGCAUCUGCUGCAGGUGUGAAGAAAGAAGUACAAAAAGAUCAGGAUGCUAACAGACCAACUGUGUCAUCCCCUAAGAAAUCAGCAGUAACAGCCAUUCAAAAGCUCCAUUCACCAGGACAUCCCAAGCAAAGGCCUACCACCCCAAAGAAUGGGUUCUCCCCCAAACCAGGAGAAGGUCGAGACACUGAAAAGCAGUUCAUUCAGAGAUUGAAGGAAAAGUGUGAUGAGCAGUCCCGGCAACUAAUUAAUAUUCAAGAUGAGCUUAAAAGGGCCAGCUGUGGCUUUGAUGUCUUUGCUAUAACAACACAGUACUUUUUCAGGCAGAAUGAAAAUGCCCUUGUGAAAAUAAAGGAGUUAGGAAUCGAGCUUGCAAAGAUCAGGGAUGAAGUUGCCCUCAACACAGCGAGAUGGAAGAAACUACUGAGCGAGAAGGAGGAGCUGGAGAGGCGCUUCGAGGAGGAGGGGAAGCAGCUCCGCAGGCAGCAGCAGGAGGAGAUGCAGGCGCUGGAGCAGCGGCUGCAGGAGGAGUACAGCGCUAAGAGGGAGAGCCUGCAGGAGCAGCACAGGCUGCAGCUGGAGCAAGCCAAAUUGCAGCAUCAGGAUCAGGUGGAAGAUAUCACAGCUGUACAUGAAGCUGCAAUGUUACAGUUGGAAAAUAACCACAUAGUUGCCAUUACGGUACUGCAGGAUGAGAACGACUGCAAGAUUCAAGAACUGAAUACUGCUCACAAACUGGAAAAGGCACAACUAGAAGAGACUUUCGAAAAACUGCGGCUGUCACUCCAGGACCAGAUAGACACCCUCACGUUCCAGAAUCAGUCUCUUAAGGCCAAAGCAGACCGAUUUGAAGAGGCUCUGAAGAAAAACACUGAGGAACAACUGAAGAUUGUGCGAGCUCCAUAUCUGCACUUAGAAAAAGAUUUGAAGAGCUUAAAACAUGUUCUUGAAAUGAAGAACUUCCAGAUUCACCAACAGGAGAAGAUGAUUAUGGAGCUGGAAAAACAGGUUGAAAAAAAUUUAAAACUGGAAGAAAAAAUCACCAUGCUGCAACAGCAGAACGAAGAACUCAGAGCCAGGAUUGAGCAAAAUACUGUCAUAACAAGGCAAUUGUCAGAGGAGAAUGCUAAUCUUCAAGAAUAUGUUGAGAAAGAAGUGGAGGAGAAGAAGAAGCUCAGCAGGACUAACGAAGAGCUCCUCUGGAAGCUGCAGGAGGGAGAUGCCGUAAGCCCUGUCAAACUCCCACCUGCAUCGUCCACUUCUUUUUAUCACUGCUCAUCAGAGAACUCCUCUCCAGCAAAAGUCAGAACCUUGCGGCGAUGAAUCAGCAGCUGUGUGCCGGAGGUUCUCUGCCUUUUAUGCAUUUCCAAUCUGCAAAAUGUUACCCUCCAAGGAAGUAUUACCAUCAACAGGCGCCCAGCGUUCAUGGCUGCAAGCAUGUUUGGUAGCUGCAUAGCUUUACACUAGGCAGGGUACUCUUACAGUCCCCAUAUAGAAAUUCUUGGUUCUGACAUGUUGAUUAAGGUAGCAAAAAAGAUAGCAAAAAGCUAGAACAGCAGAAAGUUAGGAUAGCAAAAAGUUUAAUUUGAUGUGUGAACAUUAUAAGUAUGGUUAGAGCCAAAAGUUGGAAAAUGCUCUAAUAAUGGUUCAUCAGAAUGAACUUUUGCUGCAGUAUUUCAGGUUAGUUACAAAUACAGUUCAAGUUGUGAAUAUUUCUGUAUAUGUGUCUGUGUUUAUAUACAUGUACGUAUUGUACCUUUAUACCUAUAUAUAGACGCACACACAUAUAUAUGUAGUUGCAGAUGUUCUGAAUUGCAUUUUUUAUAUUAUUGGAUACUACUAAGUGCUGAUAUAUUUUCAUUACAGUCAGCAGUUUUCUAACUCGUGCCUAAGACUUGUAUCUAAACAAAAUGCAUUUCUGUUUAGACUCCCAGGAAUAUUUAUACCCAACCUAGAAGAAAGUUACACAGAAGUAGAAGCGCCUUCCAAAUGACCACCAAGUGGUACUCUAUGUAACAUGAACACCAGCGAAUUUGAAAUUCUGAGACAGUACUGCCUUUGAAACCAUCACCUUUGCUUUGAAUACCAGAUAAGAUAUGCAUACCAUCCACUGCUUUUUAACUCUUACCAUUGAUAUUGUAAGUGGAGAUAGGCUAGAGAUGAGAAACCUGAGGGGUUUAGCAAAUUUGGUAGAGGUUACUGGUUAACAUCGUUCAAUUUUAGUGUCUUUAAAUCCUAGUCAGAUCUUAUCUUGAUUUACCUUGGCCUGAUUUGGAUACAAUCAGAAUCUCUGGUUGUAGGUUCCUGUCCAUUUUGCUUUAUUUCAAGUCCCAUAAGCAAGAAGGAGAAAAAAAGUUGUUCAUCCUUGACCUGUGCUGGGUGAGAGGUUUCCAAUAUUAGGAUGAGACACUGGGCAACAGCUAGGGCUCUAGCCUCCUUCCACCUGAAAUGCCAAAUAGAGCACAGCCAACUACACAGGCGCAAAUGAGGUCAGAAUUACUUUCCUUCCACAUAUCUAUAUUAUUUCACAUUGCUAAAGCUUACCUAAAGUUACAGAGCACUUUGAAGAUUCAUGGAAAUGAGUGGCUAAACUAACUUUAACUUUCCCAUCUAGAAGCAAAAAUGUUCACCCAGGCUUCGGGUGACCCCCCACCCAAGGGAGUGGUGGGGCUGAGAAAUGGCUGUGGUGGGACAGUCUGCAGGGCCCUCAUGGGCACUUCUAGCAAGAAAAAAAUAUCCCUGAGCAUAAUUUCAAAAACAAAGAGAUCUGUGGGAUGCUUUUCUACCCAGCUUACGGCAAAGAGCCUGCAUGCAGGCCUGCUUUGUGCACUGGGGUCAAAGUAAGCAGGGAGACAGUACAUAAAGCAAACCCCUGGGGUGCAGGAGUGCUGUGGGGAGGGUGGCUCUCCCACCUGGGUGUGCGUGGCACUAGCACGCCCUGCACCUACAGGGAUGAGAUUGCACUGCCCUGCAAACUGCUUGAGUGGGAGCUAUGCUCCAGCUUUCCUGGGAAAUACUCAGGAUUCACAGACUGCAGCUUAGAUACAGCUUCAACCACCAUCAAAGCACCUGUGGCCUGUUCCACAGUGUUAAAAAAAAAACGUGAUUUUUUUUUUUCUCCUUUUUAGAGAAAUUUAUUUUUGUAGCAGCUUUUGCAUGAUACUGUGAUACUGAGUAAAUUGAGCAACUUGUUAGAAUAGAUCAUGCCACACCAGCUACUGCUGUUGAAAUGCAUUACUAGAUUUUAGUGUGUCCAGCAAAUACAACCUGAAAGUAAGAUAGAUACCUAGCACAUACAUGCACACAAAGCCCCUUCUUGCCAAGUACAACUUUAAUCACUUUGAUACUUACUAACUGCACAGACACCUGCAAUACCUACUGCAUUGUCAUCUUUCAUCCCAUCAAUAAAAUUCAGGUAAAAUGAGAUCAUAGGAGCAUAGGAUGAUUUGAGUUAAAAGGAAUCUUUAAGAUCAUCUGGUCCAAGCACCCUGCCAUGCACAGGGACACCUUCCACUAGAUCAGGUUGCUCAGAGCUUCAUCCAACCUGGCCUUGAACAGUACCAGGGACAGGGGACAUCCACAACUUCUCUGGACAACCUGUUCCAGUGUCCUACCACUGUCAUUGUAAGAAAAUCUCUUCCUUAUGUCCAAUCUGAACCUAUCCUUUUCCAUUCUAAAACUGUUGUCCCUUGUACUGUCACUAGAGGCCCUGGUAAAAAGUCCAUCCCCAUCUUUCUUACAGGCCCCCUUUAGAUACUGGAAGGUGUUACAAGAUCUCCCUGGAGCCUUCUCUUCUCCAAGCUGAACAACCUCAACUCUUUCAGCCUGUCUUCAUAGGACAGAUGCUCCAGCCCUCUAGUCAUCUUUGUGGCCCUACUCUAGACUUGCUCCAGCAGGUCGAUGUCCUUCCUGUGCUGAGGAACCCAGAGCUGGAUGCGGCACUGCAGAGUGGAGUAGAGGGGAAGAAUUCCCUCCCUCGACCUGCUGGUCAUGUUUCUUCUGAUGCAGCCCAGGAUAUGAUUGGCUUCCUGGGCUUUGAACACUCACGUCCAGCCUCUCAUCCACCAGUAUCCCCAAGUCUUUCUCCUCAGGGUUGCUCUCCAUCCAUUCAUCCCCCAGCCUGUAUUGAUACCAGGGGUUGCCCUGAUCCAGGUGCAGCACCUUGCACUUGGCCUUACUGAACCUCAUGAUUUUCACAUGGACCCACCUCUCAAACCUGUCAUGGUCCCUCUGGAUGGCAUCCUUUUCCUCCAGUGUAUCAACUGUAUCACUCAGCUUGGUGUCAUCUGCAAACUUGUUGAGGGUAUACCUGAUCCCACUGUCCAUGUCAUUGAUGAAGAUAUUAAACAGUUCUGGUUCCAAUAUGGACCCCUGAGGGCCACAACUUGUUACUGAUUUCCAUUUGGACAUGGAAAUCAGUGCAACCAUCUAGCCAAUUCCGUAUCUAACUUCCAUCCAUCAAACCCAUAUCUCCCCAAUUUGGUGACAAGGAUGUUGUGUGGAACUGUCAAAGACCUUACGGAGUCCAGGUAAAUGACAUCAGUUGCUCAUCCCUCAUCCACCAGCGCAGUCACACCAUUGCAGAAGGCCACCAGACUAGUCAGACUUGUUGAUAGUUUCUAGAAUCCUCUUUUUUACCCUCUGUAAAUUGGUUGAGCUGAUACAACCAGAGAUGUUACCAUGAUGCUCCUCUAAACUUUUCUGUGCUAAACACACUAAAGCAUACUAUUGGCCCAGGACAGUCUGGCUGAGCCUGUUUUAAUUUAUUAAUCCUUUCUCUCUUUUUCUGGUGCUUUAUCACUUUGUUGUUUUAAAGUCAUAGCAAGAGAUGCUUCCAGCAGUGAAUUGGGAGUGGGGCUUUUAUGGUGGGAAAACUGGUGUUGAACCCAGCUCCACCAUCAUUCCGUAUCAUUGCCAAUCCCUUUCCCAUCGAAUUUUUGCCUCCCAAUCCUGCCUCUCACUGGAUUCUUCCUUGGCACGGCCUCUGGGGUCUGCCCAAUCACUAGCAAAGCUGUAGGAAAUUUUGCCUGACCAGAAGGGACCCAGCAACCCAUCCCUGUGGGGGGUGUUAAGGGUGGCUCCUCCUGGUGCGAGCCCAGAAACACAGACUUUUUUUCCCAAAAAAAAGGUUAUUCCUUUUUCCUGUUUUUCCUGUCCUGUCCCUCCUUGCCUUUACGUGCUGGAGUAGGUGUGAAACUAAAGCCCAGGUCACUCAGACAGUGGGAGGAAGGGAACAGCCCCUGAGUGGGGCAGUCAUUCCUGAGUGGGGCAGAACACCCCCGAGUGCAUGGCCAAGCCUGUAACCCCUGCUCAUGCCAGGGAGGUGUGACCAUGAAAUGUGAGCUUGGCUUUCCCAGUGGUGUAGGGGUCAUAUCUCUAGUCUGUGCUCACUGGCUGUCCCUGCUCAAAAGCAAGCAAUGGGAAGUAAUUGCUUUUGCAAGGCUGGAGACUUCCCAAAUGCCAUGGCCACUGCAGGGACUUUCCCAAUUAGAUAGUGUAGGGCAGCCUUUGGCAGGAGAGGGAACAUAGCCAGCACUAAGCAGGAAAGGGUUUUAUCGCCUCUGGCUUUAAAAAGAAGCUGUUUGAUUUGGUUAAUCUUUAACCAAUGCAGAAGGGUGCAGUGGCAAUAAAACUAGCCUACAGCUGCUCUGGAGGGGCUCCAGAGACAGGCACUGGGAGCAGGUAUCAGCCAUGGGAUGGCAGGAGAGCCAGCAGCAAGUGGGAGCCACAGAAUUUUCUGUGGAAAGAUACCAUUUGGCCCUGUUGGGAUGGGACCUCCUGCAGCUGCCGGCAGAGAUGUGUUAACUCGGUCGAUGCACAGUAGCAAAGGCUUGUGAUGGUGGUGGGCAGGGGGAGGAAAGGAGAACUAUCAAGUGCAAAAUCAGGUAUUUUACGUCUCUGCACUGAUGGUGGUUGUGUCCCAUGGACACGCUGAGGAGCCUCUGUACAGUUUCCCGCACAGCAGGAGUUCUGUGGUCCUGUUUACUACGUGGCUAAUGAUUACAGGAAGAGUUUGUAUAAUUUCAGUUACAGUGUACAGAUAAGUGUAAUAUAUUCCUGAUUAAUAAAAACAUGCGCCAGUGCACCUAUGGGCUGACGCAUACAGACCAGCA